UUUCGUCCGGAUGGCUUCGUGUGCGCAACGGUUUUCGGAGGUGCCGUGAUUGCCCGGUUUCGUUCAUUUCUUUUUUGUGUGCGUUUCGAAUCUUUCGCCGUCGUUGUCCUCGCCGCACACCAAACCAGACGGUCGAGCGUGUACGCACUCGUGUCCCCAUACCACCACCGCCGCCACCACCUGUUCUUCUAAGCAAGCAAACAGCGCGAGGCGCUUCAUGUUUUCCCGUGCACCGUUUUCGUUUAAUUACUUGUUCUGUUUUUCCCCAUUUCCUUCGCGUUCUUUCGCUUUGUAAGGACUGUGUGUGUGUGUGAACACAGCGCGAGUUUUAAUUGUGCCCAUAAGAAAUGGGGUGAAACAGAAUCGUCGUUAGAGUGCCAAGGGAAAGAGAGAGGCAGAGAGAGAGUGAGAGAAAGUGGCAGUGAGAGGGAGAAAACAAACUGUUAGCAACAGCCUCCGCGAUUUCGCCAAACAACAGUGUGUCUCGUCCCGACGGACACACUCGCACAGACGGAUUCCUUGUCUGUCUGAUGCUGGUCUGCGCUGAUGCGCUACCCCGCGUCUUAUCAGUACGCAUAUCAUCAGUGGCCGUUGUGCGUAAGGGACGCGUGUGUUCACUCUGUGUGUGCGUGUGUCGGUCGGUCGCUGUGUGUGGCGCGCUUCCAGUGCAGUGGUUGCGGCACGGUUUAACCAUAACGGUGGUCCAAGUGCGAUAGAUCCGCGGUACCAAGGAUAAGAAAGGAAAACAAAUAAUCAAUAUAAUGUCGAUGCCGAUGCUGGCCGCCACCGCCGUCAUCAUCGUCCCCGUCGUGCGUGUUGUGUGAAUGGGCAGGCCCCGGUGGAGCAGGUGAUAAGCGAUCCAAGUGCCAGCGGGUGAAGUGAAGUGCAGCCUAAACAAAAAGGAAAUCGACAAAAAAAGGAGUAACAAUAAGAGUGCGUGCGUGUGUGUGUGUGCUCCCUCGCAUUUGGGAGUAUCGGAGGGUGCGGGAGUUUUUGGGGUUCACGCCGGAAAACGAGAUUGUGCACGUACGCAAUCUCUUGGCGAGGCACUUUCCGGCACUUCUGCCACAAACUGGUGGAUAAUGUAACCCCCCCAUCGCCCUCUCUCUCUCUAUCGUGACUCGUGGUGUAUGAUUUUCCCACCUCCUCGUCCCACAUAUCGAUAAUUCCGUGCAGCUUGGGGAAAAGGGUGUGAAAAAAGUGAAAAAGUGCCGGGAAGAAAAACAGGGGAAAGUCUGCUCCAGUGUGUCCUUCUGGGCAGAGUGUGUGUGUGUGCGCGUGAAGGAUUCGAAUUUGAACGAGUGACGAUGAUGGGGCUUCGUCCUUCGGAGUGCCGUGGCAACCCGCGCGAAGGUUGCCACCAUCGGCAGGCACCACCGGCGACGAUGCGAAACCGUAAACCGUCCCGGGCGACCGUUGGAGCACCGCGACCGUCCGGAUGGGUGCCGGCGAUCGUCAUGGUGAUCGUUGCCAUUAAUCAGCUUACCGAAGGGCUGGAGCUGAACGAAACGCUGAUAACGCGGCGGCAUCAGCAGCACCGGUACACGAUUGAUGAGCUGCUCGAUGCGCGCUUUCCCAAGAGCAUCUCCGGCGACAUCGAUAUGGACCCGUGCAAAUCGAGUGGAUUUAUGGGCGACAUCGCUAUGCCGAACGUAAAUUACGAAACCGAGUGGCAGCGACAGCGUAUGAACAAGAGCCUCGAGCAGGACAUCGUGAAGCUGAAGCAGGAAGUCUACCUCGAGGGGCUGCAGGUCGAGGAGGAAGGCAUGACGGAUAUGAUACGGAAGAAGACGAAACAGCGCGCCUCCACGCCGCUGUCCGGCAUGACGUCGGCCACCGGUGGGGCGUAUGCGCAUUCCGGCACAUCGUACGAAAGCGAAAAUUCCAUCACGGACAGUUCCGGCGAACCCCCGGUAAAGGCCACCAUCAUCGACAAUCGGGACAACAUAAUAGUUCCCCGCGAGCCCGAAACAACCGUUGCCGGUGGCGUUGGUGGUGACGGGGAACGUACAGGUGAGAAAAAAGCGACCACCGCAAACAAAAAGAAUGCGACCGGUGCCGUGCGGAACAUUGACCACGAUCGGAUCCAGUCCGACACGAAGGACAUCGUUAUCGACUCGAUCAGUGACAAUAUUAUCAGCAACAAUCACGUCAGCAGCCGGAAAGUGGCCACCUACGCCUUACCGACCAAGCCGCCAACUGCGGUGACUGCUGCCGCUGGGUCGCAUUCCGUCAGCACGGAUAGCCAUCCGGCACAGGUAGCAGCCGGAAGCAACGAAACUAAACCAAUGUCGAGCAUACUUGCGGUGGUGAAGCUUGCGAGCAGCAGCGGCAACGGUGAGCAGGAUGCAGUUGGACAGGCCGGUACACGUACCCGCAGACGUCACCGUCGCCGACGUCGACAGCAGCAACAUCCCCGGCUGCACGAUGCGGACCAUACCGGUGAUGAUCCAACGUCAAAAACCACAUCCGGCAAGACCCCACUGAAGAACGACGGUAUGGUGGUCAACAAAAACUCGUACCAUUCACGGUUGGAACGUUUGCGCGUGGAGCUCGGCACGGUAACGUACUCGGUGCGGGAUCGCAACCUCCGAUCGAGCCACCAUAACCAGCAUCACCAUCCGGACGAGGAGCCUCUGGCAGAACGUAGCUCACAAAACCGUACACCGAGAAAGAAGCGGCGCCGGACCGGAGGUGAUAGCCCGCGGCGCGACCAUCAGCAUCAGGAUGUCAUCACUAACGACGACCGAAAGCCGCCGCCGACAGCGAACGGCAACGAUGACGGCAAUAGAAACGAACAGCGUGUAAACGUUGACAUCGAUAGGGCCAGUUUGGUGGACGGGAUGAAACAGCACAGUGAGGCGCACGGGUACGACAAGUCCUACCAUCCUCGCGCUCAACCACAGCACCAACAGCAUCGCCAUCGUUCUGAGCAUCAUCACCUGCACGAACAAGCACACGGAACGCACUUCACCCAUGCCGGGCCGAACGUAGGUGCCGACAAUGGCAUGAAUUUGCAUUUCCGACCGGACCAUAAAGCACCGGCCCGGGCGGGGAAAGAUCAAGAUCCACCCGAACCGCAGCACUUACCUGUUGAAGACGACAUCGACGACGACGAAGCGGACAGCAGCCACAUUUACUACGCAUCCGAGCACGACGAACACGAGCACCAGCAGCAUCAUCGCACGAUACGGGCGGCGACCGCUAAGAAGGAACGCAUCUGGGACUUUGGUGUAAUACCGUACGAGAUCGACGGCAACUUUAGCGGCAUGCACAAGGCCCUGUUCCGGCAGGCGAUGCGCCACUGGGAAAACUAUACCUGCAUCAAAUUCGUCGAGCGCAAUCCCAUUGACCAUCCGAACUAUAUCGUCUUUACGGAGCGUGCCUGCGGCUGCUGUUCGUUUGUCGGCAAGCGGGGCAAUGGGCCACAGGCCAUCUCGAUCGGUAAGAAUUGCGAUAAGUUCGGCAUUGUGGUGCACGAGCUCGGGCACGUGGUAGGCUUCUGGCAUGAGCAUACCCGCCCGGACCGGGAGAACCACGUCGUGAUCGAGAAGAACAACAUCGUGGUCGGGCAGGAGUACAACUUCAACAAGCUGACGGAGGACGAGGUAAACUCGCUCGGACUGCCGUACGACUACGACUCGAUCAUGCAUUACGCACGCAACACGUUCUCGAAGGGUACCUAUCUCGAUACGAUCUUCCCGAUUGAGAUGCCCGGUCGCAAGCGGCCCGAAAUUGGGCAGCGGUUGCGACUGAGCGAGGGUGACAUCGCACAAGCUAACCUGCUCUACAAGUGUGCUAAAUGUGGACGCACGUUUCAGGAAAACUCGGCCAGCUUUACCUCCCCGACGUACUACUCCACCACACCGCCAACCGAACCGGAACGGUGCGAGUGGCGCAUCACGGCUACGCACGGCGAAAGGAUAGUGCUCAACAUAACCGAUCUGGAUAUUUACAAAUCAAACAGCUGCCGGUCGGAUUAUCUCGAGAUACGGGAUGGCUACUGGCACAAGUCGCCGAUACUGGGGAAAUUUUGCGGCUCCGGCAAGGUGAACGAGCUGAUCCGGUCCACCGGCAGCCGUAUGCUGCUCACGUACACGACCACCUUCCGGCAGGCAUCGAUGCGAGGCUUUGCGGCCAACUACGAAGCAAUCUGUGGCGGCGAUAUGAACCUCGAAUCGGGCGGGCGGCUCGAAUCGCCCAACUACCCCGUCGACUACCUGCCGAACAAGGAGUGCAUCUGGCGGAUAACCGUGCCGAAAGACUACCAGGUCGCGCUCAAGUUCCAAUCGUUCGAGGUGGAAAACCACGACAACUGCGUGUACGACUACGUCGAGGUGCGGGACGGCGGGUCAGCCGAUUCGCGGCUUAUCGGCGUGUUCUGUGGGUACAAAAUACCGCCCGACAUGAAGUCAACGUCCAACAAGCUGUUCGUGAAGUUCGUCUCGGACGGAUCGGUGCAGAAGGCGGGCUUUUCGGCCACCUUCAUGAAGGAGGUGGACGAGUGCGAGCACAUGGACCAUGGCUGCGAGCACGAGUGCAUCAACACGCUCGGGGGGUACGAGUGUGCCUGCUACAUCGGGUACGAGCUGCACAGCGAUAAGAAAUCGUGCGAAAAUGCUUGCGGAGGUCAGCUGGACACGCCGAAUGGCACAAUCCUAUCGCCGUCCUUCCCGAAGGAGUACCCGAUCAUGAAGGAGUGCGUGUGGGAGAUAGUGGCGUUGCCGCAGCACAAAAUCACGCUCAACUUUACCCACUUCGACCUGGAGGGCAACACCUUCUACCAGGCGUCCGAGUGCGAGUACGACUACGUGGCGGUGCUGUCGAAAAGCCCGGACGGUACGCUGCACAAGCACGGCUCGUACUGUGGGUACACCGUGCCGGCACCGAUUACGUCCGAGUGGAACAUCCUGCGGGUGGUGUUCAAGUCCGAUAAGACGAUCCAGAAGACGGGCUUUGCCGCCGUUUACUUUACCGACAUCGAUGAGUGUGCCGUCAACAAUGGCGGAUGCCAGCAGGAGUGCAAAAACACGGUCGGCUCGUACGUGUGCUCGUGCCGGAACGGGUACACGCUGCACGACAAUGGGCACGACUGCAAGGAGAGUGGCUGCAAGCACGAAAUCUUUACACCGCACGGCCAAAUCCUCAGCCCCAACUAUCCGGAUUACUAUCCACCGAAGAAGGAUUGCAUCUGGCACUUUACCACGACGCCCGGCCAUCGGAUACGGUUGGUGUUCAAUGUGUUCGAUAUUGAGCCACAUCAGGAAUGCGCAUACGACCAUAUCGUCAUCUAUGACGGCAACUCCCCGGACAGUCACACGCUGGGCCGGUUCUGUGGUGCCAAAAUCCCCCACCCCAUCUCGUCGUCCUCCAACCAGAUGUACAUGGUGUUCAAUACGGACACUAGCGUCCAGCGGAAGGGUUUCUUUGCCAGCCACUCGACUGCUUGCGGGGGCCGCCUGAAGGCAACCGAGGUAAAGAACCACUUCUACUCGCACAUCAAGUUCGGCUCGGGCAUGUACGACAAUGGGGCCGACUGCGAAUGGACGAUCGUGGCGGAUUCGGGCCAGAACGUGCAGCUCAAGUUUCUCAGCUUCGAGCUGGAGGAGGAAAAGAUGUGCUCGUACGACUACGUCGAGGUGUACGGCGGACUGGACGACGAGAGUGGCCCCCUGCACGGAAAGUACUGUGGCAAUGCGAAUCCACCGGAAAUCAUCUCGAUGCACGAGGCGCUCAUGGUGCGGUUCCGGUCGGACGACACGGUUGGAUUCAAGGGCUUUUCCGCUGCGUACGUCGCCAUCAAAUCUAACGAUGACGUGCUGACCACCGACGAAGAAGGUUCUGAUAGUUCCGAUAUCAUCCCGUUUCCCGGUUCACUAAAAACAGUGUUCAUCAAACAGGGCGAAGAUAUGGACGAGGAGGAGGAGGACGACGAUAUCGAUUAUGAGAUCUACCCGAACCGACCGGCCAACAGUAAGGUGCACGUCGCGGUGCACAACGAAAUACGCUCAUCUCAGGCGAUUGACUGAAACAUAAUCAAAUACUUUGCCACGUAAGGUGGUGCAGUGCGCGCGCGCCAUCGGUAUCAUCCAGGCCACCGAUCCGCCAGCACACAUGCACGCAUCCAGAGGGAGAGGGGGAAAGAGAUGGAGAGAGACGAGAGAGACCCUACGCGAGCUGCCAACUUCAUGGACAAUAUACUAUCGACCUAACCGCGACGCGCGUUGUUCCACCAGCCAUACCAGCAGCCUCCGUCCACAAUGAGUAGAUUGUUUCAAGUACAGUACAGACGCGAACACGAACCGGUGUGGCCGGAAGUGCUAGCUGCAAGUAUGUUCUGUACUUGAGUUCUUUCCAAAACAGGUUCACUCAUUGCUGGACAUUAACUACCUUCGUCACAAUGGACGUGCUCAUGUCUUCCCCGUGUGUGGCGUAGGGGAUAAUUAGCCAAACAAAAACGACCGUUUCGAGGGAGCGUGGAAUGGGAAAGAAGCUCCCCAAAUGUAGAUAGAACACAAACACUCACCCAGAGUAGGAGAGGGCGCUGGUUAGGAAGGUAUAAAGAAUCUCGUAAGGAACACAAUCGUGCAAAGGCGCGAUCGUUGAGAGAUGCGUGUACUCUACAGUGAACCAAAAUUGUAGUAAAUAAUUUUAGCAGCCAGUAAUGAGCCAUAUGCCUACGGAAUAUAUAUAUACAUAGAUAUAUAUAUACAUAUACAUAUAGUUAUAUUUACAUUACAAAAUAAGCCGGUAAGUCUUAUCGAAGAGAGCGUUCUCUAGCGAUUAAUGUGUUAGGCAAAUUACUACUAAAUAUACCGAAGACUCUGUUUUCCAUCGUCUGAACGUA